GUUUGUCACUGUUGACGUAUUUCGAAUGACGUUCAUACUUGGCUGUGAGGCCCCGGCGUUCUAGAUCUAUCUUCGCUUUAAUUGCACAAACAGCUAACGCCGGCUAAAUCAUGCCGUUAAAUCUUGGUGAUCCUUUCCCGAACUUCAGUGCCGAUACCACAAUCGGUACGAUCGAUUUCCAUCAGUGGAUAGGCGAAAGUUGGGCAAUUUUGUUUUCCCACCCAGCGGAUUAUACACCCGUCUGUACGACGGAAUUGUCGGCGGUCGCGAAACUGGUGCCCGAAUUUGCCAAGCGCAACGUGAAACCGAUUGCCCUAUCAUGUGACUCGGUCGAAUCGCACCGCGGAUGGAUCGAGGACAUUAAAGCGUACGGCCAGCUAGGCACCGGCGAUGCUUUCCCCUUUCCCAUCAUCGAUGAUUCGCGCAGAGAGUUGGCGGUAAAGCUGAAUAUGCUCGACAAGGAUGAGAUCGGAUCGGCCGGAUUGCCGUUAACCUGCCGGGCGGUGUUUGUGAUCGAUUCCAGCAAAAAAUUGCGCCUUUCGAUUCUCUAUCCAGCGACAACGGGACGUAACUUUGCGGAGAUACUGCGCACGAUCGAUUCCAUGCAGCUGACGGACAAGCGUAAGGUGGCGACACCGGCCGACUGGAUGCCGGGUGGCACGUGCAUGGUGCAACCGUCGGUACCGGAAGAUCAGCUGGCGACUUUGUUCCCGGCCGGUGUAAACAGCGUUACGUUACCAUCGGGGAAAAAGUAUCUGCGCAAAACGGAAUGCCCGGAAUGAUGCGGCCGUGAAAUGUUAACUGAAGGGGUACUUAAUUUUACGCACAAGUUCUUAUCAGCAAUACGGUGUGUGAUAGGUGAAGUGAAAUUUAUACAAGUACAAGGAUUGCAUUUUAAUUUUGAUUAGCCGCAAUCAUUAAUUUCGGAUUGGAUUUACACGAAGUAAUUGGUAGACGAAGGAAUACAGAUAUAUGAAAACCGUUUGCCACGGCUGAAGGCUGAUAACAGUGUAA